AUGGACGAGGCUGGUGGUCCCAAAACGAUACAGAUUGAUGCCUCUGCAAUAUUUCGGACUGCGAUCCGCCAUAGGAAACGCUCAAGCACAGAGAAGGAUGCGCUGGAGGCGCUUCAAGUGGAGGCUGGCGAGAACGAGACGGGCUUUAACAUCUACAGAUGGCACGCAAGAUUUGGGGAAGACCCGGUUGUUCUUGCAGCAGUGUUUGCAGGCCAAGAAGCCCGUCGUCGCGGCCAGAUUACUUUGGCCAAGGACGACGGCACUGGUGACGGCAUCGGCCCCAGGCUGGCGCCCACGGCAAUGCACGCAAAGGAAUAA